CAGAGAGAGAGAGACGCGCAUGAGCGCGCGGGUGGAUCAGCGGGAUUGACAUGAAACUGUGAAUUGUUUGCUGCUCAAACAGAGUUGACCUGGAGCCAGCAGUCUGACCAUACCUGCCCCCCCACACCCACUCGCCCACCCAUCUACAUCAGCAUGACAAAGCAUUGGGGGGGUCCGGGCAUGUUGGCACCAGCAGUGUUCACUGUAGCACGAGCGCAUCUCGAGUCUCACCUUGACUGUCGAGAUCCGUCAUCCACACCCGGCUGGCGUUACUCCACCGAGCCCACCAUCACCUCCUCAUCAUCAUCUGUGGAUAAAGUGAUGGCGCAGGACUCGUGUAAACACACUUCGUGGGAACUUCAGGAUGGACACGUGAACGGAGGAAAGAAGAAGAACUAUCAGCGUUACCCCAAACCUCCGUAUUCAUACCUGGCGAUGAUCGCCAUGGUCAUCCAGAACUCUCCCGAGAAGAAACUCACACUAGCAGAGAUUCUGAAGGAGAUCAGUGCACUGUUUCCUUUCUUCAAGGGAAAUUAUAAAGGCUGGAGAGACUCUGUGCGACACAAUCUCUCCUCAUACGACUGCUUUGUUAAGGUGCUAAAGGAUCCCGGUAAACCGCAGGGUAAAGGCAACUUCUGGUCUGUAGAAGUGAGCAGAGUUCCCUUGGAGCUGCUGAAAAGACAAAAUACAGCCGUUUCCCGUCAGGACGAAACCAUCUUUGCUCAGGAUCUGGCUCCGUAUAUCUUUCAAGGUUACUCUCAGGGAAACAAGGCCAUGCAGGCGUCUGCUAACCUUCAUCUGGUCUCCGCUUCCUCCCGCCACAGCCCUUCUCCAUCGGAGGACCCCUGCCGUCCCAAACUGGAGUCAAAGUUUGCCAUCGAUUCUCUCCUGCAUAGCCUCCAGCCGGCCGCUUCUGCUGGGAACGGACAGAGAGAGAGGGACAGUUGGAGGGCUGAGCCCCCCCCGCACACCCGUUCGGCCUCCCCUCCACGCCCGUCCAACACCUUCUACAACUGCAGUUCAUCAGCCAGCUCAGCCAGUCCCACCUCCGAUCUGUCAGAUGAGGAUUGGAGAGGGGCUGUGCGGGUCUGGAAGAGAUCCAGUGACCGAGAAUCCACGUCGAACGGAUACACAGACUCUUUACCCCCGUCCAACAAAAACGCCAAACGAGGCUCCACCCCUCCUUGGGAGCUUCCCACGUCUUACGCCAAAUACACGCCCCCUAACACGGUGGCCCCGCCGAGCAUGCGCUUCAAUGGCAACCCGUUCGUGCCUCUGGGCGGCCUUCCGUUUUACAGUUACGGAGGUGCCAAUCACCUGAUCACGGCGAUGGGUCAUGCGUACUGGCCCAUCCUACCGAGCGGCCCGGUUUCCAUACAAGCGCCGCCCCUCCUCAUGGACUUGGACAGCAUGCUGCAAUCUGUUCCGCCCAAUAAGAGCGUGUUCGAUGCCCUAAGUCCCACCAGUCAGACUGCUCAUGCCCCUCCCACCCAGUAUGCCCUUCAGAACGGACCUUCGCUUUGUAAAUACUCGCUGUGAUGAAUGAAAUGAGUGGAUUCAGCGACUCCCGCCUCUCUUUACAAAUGUACUGAAAACAUUGUUGUGUUGUUUCUACAUCAGCCUCACAACUGUUUGUUUAUUUUCAUGUUGGAACUCUUGUGUGCUUGUUUUUAUGGAUUGUGUUGCAGUUUGUUUUCAUAUGAAAUUCUCAACAUCUGUCAGUGUUAAUGGAGGUAAUGGUUUUCUUUUUUAAUAUUUGUUUUUCAUUUCUCAUCAUCAAUGUGAGUUUUUUUUUACCCCACUCAACUCGGCUGAAGUCAGAUCAGUCAUGUUAUCAGUCCAGUGUUGUUUUUUCUGGCUUGCGUUCACAUGUCAUGAUUCAGUGUUUUUAUCAGUGGACUCCGUGUCUUUACGCCUUAUCUUAAGGCUCCUCUGUUCUGCAUCACUGGAGAGAUUUCACACAAACUCUCACUGAUAUUAAACUGCUCUUCACAUUUCUCUGAAAUAUCACUUGUGUUUUACUGAAAUGAUGCAGGUCUUGUUACAAGUGUCAAGUCCAGAGGUUGAUAUAAAACAUCAGGUGGUGAUGGGUUUGUUUGAUCGGUGAAUUGUGCUGGUGUUUCUGCGUCUGGUGAACGUCAAGCUGAACCUCCUGCUGUUGUUCUCCUCCCCCGGCCCUAAUACAGAUCCUUCUCUGAUCUCACUUAUUUUUAUCUUCACUACUCUUAAGAAUUUCUGUUAACAUAGUAUAAAUCUGGAUAGUAUUUUUCUGAAGUUACUCUGCUGGGCUUUUUUUCUGAAAAUAUGAGCAGAUACAUCUCUGUAAAAGUUAUUCAGUGAGAUGAAGAGCAUUUCUGUAUUCA